AUGGUCCGAGUAAUAUCCGUACAUCAUUUCGCGAACCAGCACAUCCAAGUCGUGGAACAACCAACAGCAUGCACUGUAGCACCACCGAAUCGUUUACUCUCCGCUCUAAUGAGCAACUGCGUGGAAGUCCGAGACCUCAGCAACGACUCGGAAGUGUUGUUCUCCUUUCCCACUGUCGAUGAAGUAGUUCAAAUAGUUCACUGCUUAAAUGGCGAUUACGUGGCUACUUUGGAAACAAAGUUCAAUCGUCAGAACAAAGAGAUCAACUUCGUGAGGGUUUACAUUAACUGGGACAGCAUAGCAACGUUGCAACAAUCGAAAAUGACGAAUAGCGGGGUUAGCCUGGGCUCCUCGGAAUGCGGAAUGGUGCAGCCCAUGCGGGCCAGAAUAGCCGGGAGAGUUACGCCUACUACGAAUCAGUCGGAGUUGGGGAGCCUGGAGAUGAUCGAAGUGCCUGUGAAGAGGAACCCGAAUUGCGUGGAGUGUUGCCAAGUUUCCGGGAAUUUGCUUAUUCUUUCAGGCAAAAUUAUAAACAUACACACGUUCAAAAUCAAGUCCCACGACAUUUCUAAAAUGAGGUUUAUAGAUUUCGAGGAGAUGCCUAUUUUGAUUGAACUGUCGUUUAACCCCUAUCAGGUGUCUUUUUGCGAAAAUUACAUCGCUUGCAUGAGUAAAGAUGCCUUUCAUCUUUUCAAAAUCGAAAAUGUUAAAAAAGAAUGCAAUGAUUUACAUGCAUGUACGGAGAGCGAUUUUAAUUACCUAUAUUCUAAUAAUGGUCCAAUAGAUUAUAAGAAGAUCUUAAAAGAAGAAAUGUUGAACGUCUCUAAGGAUAAAAUUACAGUUAAUUUGCCUAGUAUAGUUAAAGAAAAUAGUAUAAUUCACAAGAGCAGCCCUUUUACUUUCAGCGAUGGAGACAUUUCCGCAAUAAUUAAAUCUUCAGGAAUUCUGGAGAACAAAAACGUACCAUACAAAAUAACAAACCUGAUACAAUUAAGGCUGAUGCCUAUUUUGAUAGAAAGCGCACAACGACAAGUAUCCGAAGAAUUCAAAAGUAUGGUGUUAAAGCCAAUAUACAUCGACCAAAAUCUAAACAAAUCCUCAUCCAAAACAGCACCAAGCAACUUUUUUAACAGCGAUUUCGACAAAUGCUUCAACAGCGUCGUUUGCAUUAUUGCUACACAACAAGAAGGAUAUUUGUAUCACUUCGAUAACAACGACACUUGCACUGAUAAAGACAACUGCAUAGCAGUAUAUCCUUUCACAGCACCCGUAUUUAAGCUAGUCAUGGAGGAUUAUUUGCUGCACGCUCUAACAGAAACCGGCUUGGAAUCGUACACAUUGAGAUACGGCCAUCAGAUGUGCAGGAAUUUCGAACUAGUCGACAAUAUUAACGUGGCUUGCCCGCUCGUGUCCGAAUCCAUUUGCUUGGUGGGACUCCGGCCGUUUCUAGGAGUAGAGCAAAUUCUACUAACAGAAAACAACAUGGUGCUCCUGGCGAAUUCCGAGUCUUCCCCGGCGCAUUCGGCCAGCUCGAAUAGCAGCUCGAACGCCUCGUUUCUCACACUCUACAAUCUCGAGUUGCCUUCGCCUAAGAUGUUCUUCAACGAUAUUUCCAUCGUAGCUAACGUGCACAGAUUUACGUCUGUACAGACUUAUUGUCAUUUGAUGAGCGAGGCUCACAUGGUUUUGAGGGUGGUGUUGUUGGUGAAGAAAUGGACGAUGACUGAGGAUAGUGUGAAGUUGAUAAUGCCUAAAAAAGGGAAUAACGAUGAUGUUAUAGAGACUUAUCGAGUGUCUUGCGCGCUUUUGGGCGAUCACUUUGUUAUGUCGAGUAACGAAGACGAUUAUAGUUUGGCUAUACCUUAUUAUAAAAUGGCCAGAGUACUACCAGCAGAAGUUUUAAAAAGGGUGAAAACUAUACAAGAUCAAUCCAGAAAUCAUUCCACGAAAGGGUUAAUAUACUACCUUAAAAAUACAUUGCUGGAUGUAAAAGCAGGACCGGACGCCGAUAAAAUAUUCGGUUCGACUUCGAAGCAGAAUUUCUCCGAGUCCAUAUUGCAUUUGCUGGAGCACCACGGCUUCGAAGACCUGCCCAAUUUGAUUUUGAAAAGCAAAAUAUUCAGGGAGUACUCCACCGACAAAUUGAUUUAUAUACUAAACGAAAAAAUGUUGGAGUUUCCUAAAACCUCCGAGAAACACUUAGCUCUGACGCUCCUUUAUAUCCAGAAAUGCAACACUGACAAAGCCCAAGACUAUUUGGACAAAAUAACGAGAGAUAAUCUAUGCUCGCUCAUAUUGGACAAUUACGAUUUGUUGUUCGAAACCACUUUCUGCGCUCAAAAUAAAAACAAAUCGGUCACCACCUUCUCCGAAUUAGCCAUAUUACUCGUGAGCAUUUGCCCCGAACUCUUAUCCUCCGUAUUCGUUAACCUGAUGAUGGAGAAGAGGGCGAUCAAUCUCAAUAAAAUCAUCAAGGUGUUUUUGGAGUACCUCCCAUCGAGCAUAGGCAGCGAUAGCAGUUCCGCCACUCUCGUUCUACAAAAAACUUUAGAGAUGUACUUCGAGCGAUAUUUCUCUAAACCCGAAAAUUUGGAUUUGAGCAAAGCCGUCUACGAAAGAGGCGCUAGCGACGCCUUGAAGCUUCUAGUAAGGUCCUAUUUAUCUCAGCUGCAGCUCAUCCAGUUAAGAGACCAGGGCAAUAGCGAUGGGAAGAAACUUUCCUCCAACAAGACGGUAGAAAACGAGGUUCUUAGCGACGAAAAUGACGAUACGAACAAAGACCGGCACCAAGAGAAGCUGGGCUACAAUCAAAUAAACAAAACCUACUUUGAAGAAUUCGUGAAGAAGCCGAAAGAUUCGUUUCUCUUCUCCGGUUUGCGCUACGAGUACUUGGACAAAAUGCCGCCGUUUCAGGUGGAAAUAACGUCGAAAUUGUACGAGGCUUGCAUCGAAAAUUACCCCGUUAAAGAGCAGUGGUCGCCCAACGACGAGGCCGAUAUUAUUUUGAAGAAACUACAAGCGCUGCUCUGCAGUCAAAUCGUACCUAAACAUGUUAUAGCCGAAGUCAAUGCUUAUCUAGAUGUGAACAAAUCGCUUAGAGGCAACGAGAGUUUAUUAUCUAUUACGAUGUUAACUAAUGAUGCUACUUUAUUGCUGCUAGAUUCCUGUCCUCAGUGUCUUCUGCAAUACGGAAAGGACAGAUUCACCAAAACCGACGAAUGGAAAUUCCUAGUAGCUACCAUACAGCGAAGAAUCCUGAAGUUAUCCCAAACCGAAAACCUGAAGAGGGUGUGCUUCUUCCACAAGAAAAUCCUCAAAGAUAUACUCACGUACGUGGCCUCUAACAUGCCGCUCGAUCAGCUAGCGCAGGUGUUUCCGCAGCGGUUCAGUGUGAAGAGGCAGGAAUCGGGCGAGAAAUCGGAGAGCGGUUGCUCGGAUGAAGAGCUAGAUGUGUUGAGGGAGAUCCAGAACUACGACCAGUAUGUUACCAUUUGCAAGGAGACCAUGCACGCGAACCAGAUCAGCAAGCUCAUCACCACCACCGGGCAACAGUUGUUGUGCUCGCUGAAUUUGUAA